GGGCAUCCGCGGAACAAUGUCUGUUUCUGUUCAAUUUAGAGUGGUUAUCGCACGCCGUUAUUCCCGCUAGGCAGUGCAUCUUUUUCACAGCUCCACUGGGACUAACAGAGGUGAAAGGAAGAGUUGGAGAACACCUCGUCAGAAUCAUGGGACAAACUGGGACAUCAUCUUUCCUCUUCAGUACUCUUCAACUCACAGUGUUGUUGGCAGUUUUUUCAUCUGAAAUUAAAUUUGUUACAGCAGGGAAUUCAGACCCAAGCCUCGGAACAAACUCUUCCAUUGGCAACCAAACUAACAAGAAAUGUGAUUCAGUGGGGACUGAAUGCCAAGAGGGUGUCAUUCUGCCCAUAUGGUUACCAGAGAACCCAUCCUUUGGUGAUAAACUGGCAAGAGCCACAGUUUACUUUGUGGCCUUGUUUUACAUGUUCCUGGGGGUCUCUAUCAUUGCGGAUCGCUUCAUGGCAUCCAUCGAGGUAAUUACAUCACAAGAGAAGGAGAUCACCAUCAAGAAACCAAAUGGCGAAAAAGUGACAACCACCGUGCGUAUAUGGAACGAGACAGUGUCCAACCUGACCCUUAUGGCCCUGGGUUCCUCCGCCCCGGAAAUCCUACUGUCCGUCGUUGAGGUGUGCGGUCACAACUUUAACGCAGGUGAUCUGGGCCCGAACACCAUCGUUGGCAGUGCUGCCUUCAACAUGUUCGUUAUCAUUGGAUUCUGCGUUUCUGUCAUUCCCGAUGGAGAGCACCGGAAAGUCAAACAUUUGAGGGUAUUCUUUGUUACCGCCACCUGGAGUAUAUUUGCAUACACCUGGCUUUAUCUCAUCUUGGCUGUUAUCUCCCCCGGCAUCGUACAGGUGUGGGAGGGCCUUGUCACACUGUUCUUCUUCCCCUUGUGUGUGGGGAUGGCUUACGUCGCAGAUCGCAGACUUCUUGUCUAUAAGUACAUGUACAAGCGCUACCGCGCAGGGAAGCGAAGAGGGGUGAUCAUUGAGACGGAAGGGGAGGCGCAAUUUCCUUCAAAGAUGGACAUUGAAAUGGACGGGAAAAUGCUCAACUCAGAGGGCUUCAUGGACGGAGCGAUGGGUUUCGAUGAGAAGGACCUGGAUGAGGAGGAGGCCAGGAGGGAAAUGACCCGGAUCCUGAAGGAACUUAAGCAGAAGCAUCCAGAGAAGGAGACGGAGCAGCUGAUAGAACUGGCCAACUACCAGGUAUUAACACAGCAGCAAAAGAGUCGCGCCUUCUACCGAUGCCAGGCUACCAGGAUCAUGACGGGAGCAGGGAACGUUCUGAAGAAGCAUGCAGCAGACCAAGCCAGGAAAGCCAUUGGUGCGUACGAGAUCCGCUCCGAUGUUUCGGAGAAUGACUUUUCGUCAAAGAUCUUCUUUGACCCCGGUACAUACCAGUGCUUGGAGAAUUGCGGUACAGUGGCCUUGAAUGUCGUACGCCUUGGUGGGGACUUAACUAACACUGUUUCAGUGGAAUACCGUACCGAAGAUGGCACAGCCAAUGCUGGCUCGGACUACCAGUUCACUGAGGGCAUUGUGGUGUUCAAACCUGGUGAGACUGAGAAGGAGAUCCGGAUAGACAUCAUUGAUGAUGACAUCUUUGAGGAGGAUGAGCAUUUUCUGGUCCACCUUAGCAACGUGAAGGUCAUAUCGGAGGGCACUGGCUACGGACAACCAAGUGCUAAUCACGUGGACACUUUGGCGGGCCUUGGCCUACCCUGCUCAGCCACCGUGACUAUCUUUGACGAUGACCAUGCCGGGAUCUUCACUUUCGAAGAACCGGUAAUGACCGUGAGCGAGAGUAUCGGCAUGAUGGAAGUGAAGGUUCUUCGUACCUCAGGAGCACGGGGACUAGUGGUCGUACCCUACAAGACCAUGGAGGGUACAGCAAAAGGAGGGGGAGAAGACUUUGAAGAUACGCACGGAGUGCUGGAGUUCCAGAACGAUGAGAUCUUCAAAACUAUACAGAUCAAUAUAAUCGAUGACGAGGAGUAUGAGAAAAACAAGAACUUCUUCCUUGAGAUGGGAGAGCCUCAGCUGCUGGAGAUGAGUGAGAGGAAAGCUGUGUUGCUUCAAGAAGUUGGUGGAUUCGUGAAGACAGACAAAAGGCUUUAUGGCAGGGACGUCUACCGGAAAGUGCAGGGUAGGGAUAACCCUGUCCCCACCACCAUUAUCAGCAUUGCAGAGGAAGGGGACGAGGAGGCUCUCUCCAAGAAGGAGGAGGAGGAACGUCGCAUCGCUGAGAUGGGCCGGCCCACCUUGGGGGAGCACGUCAAACUGGAAGUGGUCAUCGAGGAGUCGUAUGAGUUCAAGAACACAGUGGAUAAGCUGAUUAAGAAGACCAACCUGGCUCUAUUGAUUGGAACCAAUAGCUGGAGGCAGCAGUUUAUGGAAGCUAUCACAGUCAGCUCUGGCGAUGAUGACGAGGACGAGUGCGGUGAGGAGAAGCUGCCCUCCUGCUUUGAUUACGUCAUGCACUUCCUCACCGUCUUCUGGAAGCUCCUGUUCGCCUUUGUGCCGCCCACCGACUACUGGAACGGCUGGGCCUGCUUCGUGGUCUCCAUCAGCAUGAUUGGCCUGCUCACCGCCUUCAUCGGAGACCUGGCCUCCCACUUUGGCUGUACUGUGGGCCUCAAGGACUCCGUGACCGCCGUGGUGUUUGUGGCACUUGGAACGUCUGUGCCAGACACGUUUGCCAGCAAGGUAGCUGCAAUCCAGGACCAGUACGCUGACGCCUCCAUCGGCAAUGUAACGGGCAGCAAUGCCGUCAAUGUCUUCUUGGGCAUCGGCGUGGCCUGGUCCAUCGCCGCUAUCUACCACAAUUCCAAGGGCAACGAUUUCCGGGUGGACCCGGGCACCCUGGCCUUCUCCGUCACCCUAUUCACCAUCUUCGCCUUUGUCGCCGUGGCCGUGCUCAUGUACCGCCGCCGACCCGAGAUUGGGGGUGAGCUGGGUGGGCCCCGGGGCCCCAAAAUCGCGACCACCUGUCUCUUCUUCAGCCUGUGGCUCAUGUACAUCGUCUUCUCCUCCCUGGAAGCUUAUUGCCACAUUAAGGGCUUCUAGCUUCUCGAAAAAGUAUCUUCUAGCUUCUCUAAAAAGAAAGCAAGAUUCAAAGACAAAUAUUUAAAAUAUAUUUGAAAGCUUUAGCUUCUAGAGUCUUCAAAAGCAUCUGAAAGGUCUUCGAAAGCUUUUUAGUCUUUGAAAGCUUCUAAAAUAUAUUUUCAUGCUUCUAAAAAAUAACCACGUUAUUGCUUUCAUCUAAGACCUCUGAACUAUGUACAAUUCCAUCCAAGGUUUUGGAGGCAUUGACGUGUCACAUCCAAGGUCUCCUAUGCCAUUGACUACUACGUCCCUUUAUCCUAAAUCUAAGAUCCAUGACACUGCAUGCCUUUCUGUCUCAUCCAAUGCUUAAGCCAUUUACUGCCACAUCCAAGACAUCUGAAGCAUCCACUACUACAACUAAGGUCUCUGAACCAACACCAGCAGGAUGAUGGCCCAAAAGAAUUCAGACGUGAAAACGGAGGCAUUAUGUGUUUUUUUAAAACUAUUAAUUUAGUGUUUGUCCGCUAGCUCCUUCAAUCCUGUUGUUGCAGCUUUAUUUUAAAUGGAAGCUCUCUGGUGACUUUCAUUGGAUCAAGACUCCUAAGGCUGUGUAUCCAAAAUGUAAUUUCAGAUUAAGCAAAAAACGUGUGCUUGUUUGGUUAUACAGAACUUCAAAGCUGGGCCUAAAAGUGCUGCUGGCUGGCGUGCACAAUUUCUGUUCAGUGCCAAAAAAAAUUAACUAGACAAAUAACUAAUAAUAUUCCUAUAACAUAGAAAUGUGAGUGGUUGUUUAAAUGCAAAGGGCGUAUGGAUGAUAAAUGCAUAGUUACUGAGGUAAAUACUUAAAUACCUCAUUUUAUGUCUACACAGUACUGUUGCAGUGAUGACUGUAUCUCCAAUAUUACAGAAACUAAAGAAACCUUUCCUUACAAGAAUGUCUUGAUAUAAAAUGUCACUAAUGCACAUGUUAUAUAUUAUAAUUUUCCCCCCACUAAACAUUUAUCAGCAACAAUACUAUUACACUAGACAAAUCAAUAAAUAAUUAAUUAGAGGUGAAAUAAGCA